AUGAGUUCCCACUUCUUCGCUGAACCGACCGACCUCCACCUCCGCUAUUCUCAGAUGCCUUACGGCUUCUACUCCCCUCUCCCAGGGCCUGCCCCACCGGCACAGAAUGACAAUCCGAUUCCUUCAACUUCUUCCACCCAUAUACUCAACGACCAGAUAGCGCCGCCAAAUGGCCGCGCUGCUCCUGAGACACAAUCCUAUCCUUUGUUCAGGCCUCGCCCUCACUACACACGUGCAUCCCAUCCGCAACCAUACAACAUCAUGCGCAUGCUCAACCAAAGUCUUGUUGAGCAAACCACUGCACCUAGCACCACUACAUUUGCUCACCACGCUCCACCCAACUGGCUUUCGCCGAACCUGUUUCAAGAGCCAAAAGCAGCGCUCCAGUCACCAACUGCCCGUGCUCUCCAUUAUCCGACAAUCCCAGAAGCCCUUCCUCGUGCGAUAUUGCCUGCUGUUGAGCCAAGCAGCGUAUCAAGAGAACGCUCUUCGCGGACCGAGCGAGUUGCCCCUCGCCCAACGCAAACCGCACCAAUCAUCGACGACAUAGUCAUGAGAUUGCAAGGACUGGUCAUGAGAAUGACAAACGUCGAAUACAAAGUGGACGCUUUGGCCUCCAGAUUCACUCCUCCAUCGAGCACCGAAGAGACGGUCACAGAUGAGGAUUCGCAAGACUCCACCUCGCAGGGAAGCUCGAGCCCGAGUUCCGAGACUUCAAUCUUCGAUCCACAACACAACGUUCUUCCUCCCUCCUACGUCAUCGAACAUCCUCCUGAUGUCAGAGCCGUCGCUUGGGAUCAGCGACAUAGUGCUGCGCUUCCACAGUCGGUGCCUUUCGCGGCACUGCGUCCAGAAACCACUUCAAACGCGGACCUCUCACGAACAACCGUAGCACCUUCCGGAGCCGGGUGGGUCACGUCGCAUCGCUUCAUCGAGCAGCAGUCGGGAAGAUUCCCAACCCUGUGGCGAGACAGCUCGUCGUCUCUAGGCUCUGACACUGCCCAUGGACAAGCAGCACUUGACAAUGGUGAGCCACAUACAGCCUGGAUUGCCCGUUACGACCUUGCCUGGCGCACUCAAAUGAAUGAGCUACGUUCGCGAUUAGAGGACCGAGAACAACUCCUGCAUCAAUUGAAGCAUCGAGCCGCCAUGCAACACGAUGCUCAGACUACAGCGUAUACUGCGCUCAAGAACUCAUACCAGAUGCAGGCGCGUGAACUUGACACAAUGCGAGAUCGUGUUGCAGAGCUGGAGGCGAAGAUGCAACCCCUGCAUCUGGGCAUGGCCGAAAGAAUUCCGUCAACAAACGCUUUCCCUUCGACUGCAUAUCCCGCGGGGAGAGCAGUCGAUGGUUGUCACCAUACCCGUACUGAACCGCAGAACACCUGUACGUUGGACCGUAGGCUGGAGCAGCCCGAUAGACGUGUUGGCCAUCUCAAUGUCUUGAACACUGCGGAAGCGCAAUGGAAGACUUCCAUGUCCAAGUGGGAUGCACUCGACGAUCAUGACCCGCGUCACAACGUGCCGAAUGUCACUCCAGCUCUUUCGCUACGGUUUGGGCAAGACAAUCCUGAAACACACAAUGGCACCGGGAGACCUUCAGCUGCAGCUAUCGAUAAUGGAGCAGUGUCCGAGUUCCGAAGAUUCCCCAAUGACCCAGUAUCGACUACACGCACGGUGUCCAACGAAAUUGUUCCAGAUCUUAGAACAGCAAUUUCACCAAUCAAUCGGGUUGGACCAGAAGCGAACUCUACACCUCUCCAGAAUGCCAGGCGUGGUCACACAUCUCCAGUACUGCCUCGUUUGCAUAAUUAA